AGAGAAGGGGGAGGAGGCACGCGCCGCACCCUUUUUGCUAUGCCUGUGCCUCACACAACGCGGGCCACUGCGCACAGGUAACAGCUCCUCCGAGGACCGGAAGCGAGACAAAGGUCCGAGCACAGGUGACGGAAGCGGCCAGCGUAAGUUUGAAGGACAGGAAGGCGACGGGGCAGCGGAGACAGAACCCACAGUUCUUAUUCCUGCAUUGUGUCUCCGUGCGCGCAGGGCGCGUUAAAUCGUGAACUCGGGUUCAGCGCGUCUUUUCCAUCGACUCGACACUUUCGUCUGGAGGUACUUGACGAACGAGCUGAAGCGGAAAGGUUCUCCGGCGGCUCCUGCGUCCCUGCGCUCCUCACCUGUGCGACUAAUGGCAUGCUGAUCACCAAGCCUCCACCCACGCCGCCCUAGUCCUCCCCCUCCUCCCCCCAGACCCCCCCCCCCCCUCUCAUCGCGCGCCCACUGGACCGCCAUCAUGGACGCGGACAAAGGCUGCACGAAGUGCUUCUGCAACUACACCAUCAAGUUCUUCUACGAGAAGAGCGGCAAGAACAUCAGCGACCACUGGAGCUCGCGGGACUACGUGAUCGUGUCCUUGGGCCUGACGGUCUGCUUCAUCGUCAUCUUCUCCAACCUGCUGGUGAUGGGGGCCAUUCUGAAGAACCGGCGUUUUCACUUCCCCAUCUACUACCUGCUGGGUAACCUGGCUGUGGCGGACCUCUUCGCAGGCAUCGCCUACCUCCACCUGAUGUUCCACACGGGUCCCUGGACCAUCAAGCUGUCCCGGGAGCAGUGGUUCAUCCGCCAGGGGCUGGUGGACACCAGCCUGACGGCCUCGGUCCUCAACCUGCUGGCCGUGGCCGUCGAGCGUCACCAGACCAUCUUCAACAUGCAGCUGCACAGCAACAUGAGCACCCGCCGCGUCUUCAUCAUCAUCGUCUUCAUCUGGGUGGUGGCCAUCAUCAUGGGCCUCAUUCCCUCCAUGGGCUGGAACUGCCUGUGCGCCCUCGGCGAGUGCUCCACCAUGGCGCCGCUCUACAGCCGCAGCUACCUGGUGUUCUGGGCCGUGGUCAACCUGUUCACCUUCUCCGUCAUGGUCGCCAUCUACACCCGCAUCUUCCUCUACGUGAGGCGCAAGAGCAGUCAGAUGUCGCAGCACACGACGCAGAUGAGGCACCGGGAGACGGUGCUCAACCUGAUGAAGACGGUCUCCAUGAUCCUGGGCUGCUUCGUGAUCUGCUGGACGCCCGGUCUGGUCCUGCUGCUGCUCGACGGCGUGGGCUGCACGAAGUGCAACGUGCUGCAGUACGAGAAGUACUUCCUGGUGCUGGCCGAGUGCAACUCCUUCUUCAACCCCAUCAUCUACUCCUUCAGAGACGGCGACAUGAGGAGGACCUUCAAGCAGAUCCUGUGCUACCUGUGCCGGCGGCGCGGCGACCAGCUGGACAACUCUGGAGUCCAGUUCACCACCCUGGACCAUGAGAAUUAUAAGUCUCGUACCGCGGCGCCGACGGAGGGGAACAACGGGACGCUUCUGAUCCGCAGAGACCGCGACGACGCCUCCAAAGACUGGCGUUAAGGCGGCGACGCGCGCACGGACGGCUGCGCGCGAUCCCACUGACCCGUGUAUGCGUGACUGUACCGAACCCUGAACCUGCUCCUCUGCCGUCCGGACACUGGGUCCAAACCGUUUAUUCUGUGACACACGCUGGAUGAACGCCUCCACUGGCUCCGGAUCCGCGGCUCCUCGCGAUGUGGGACGCGUUCAGUCCACGGACACGAGGAAGCAACGCCUCAUUCGCUUUAAGUGGAGAGCUCGUUUCCUGUUGGGAUCUGAACCAUCUGUUGAUCCGUUGAACAAGCGGAGCGUGUUCAUGUUCAAGACUGGAGGCGGCUCCGCCUGAUCACUGGUUCCAGCUUCCUUCACCUGUUUCUGUCUGAGGAAACCGCCACCUUUCUGUAUUGGACCCGGUGCGUUUGUAAGUAAAGGGUUUGUUAGUCGGGAAAUAAAUUCCCAAGGUUGUGGAAAUGAUCCAAGUUGCUGAGUGUUUCCACAAACUUUAAUUUGAGCCCGAUGAUUUAAAAACGGCUGCUUUUUUCGCUCAACCGGUUGAAAGCAGCGUUAAGUCGAGACGUGCGUUGGUUUUUAUUACCACCUGAGAGGUUGUUGCACUGAUGAACCCCUGUAUCAUGGAUCCAGCUUAAAGCUGAGUUAUAAAGCGCUCGACCCGUUAUUGGUUCACACAUUCAGGCUUUAUUACAUUAUUACAACAGUUUUGUUGCAUGAUAUUAACAUUUUACCCCCAAAGUAUAACCACACAUUAACUGGAUAUUUUAGCCUUCAUGAUUUGGGAGAGACACGGAUCUUGUCACGUGCAUGUUUGUUUCAUUAACACACUUUAUUUUAUCAGUCAAUAAACCUGUUUCUUUCUUUUUUUAUUUUGCUUUAUUUACUUAUCUAAUUUUUGCCGAAAUGACACAGUGCUUUGUAAAUAAUAGAUAUAAGGCGUUUUUUUAGGCUCUCAUCAGCAGCCACAGGAGAAACCGAGAUGAACCUGAAUCUACUUGUUGCUUUUUUUAUAGCCGUGGUUUCAUUUUCAGACAUGACUGACUGUACAGGAUGUGAAGCUUAAUGGUGAACAUAUUAAUGUAAAAACUGACAUUUGUGUGCAUUGGAAAGAACCUGGAUGUUUUAUGGUUUCCUGUGACAGUGUCGUCAUUAAAGCGUCAAUCAGUU